GUGCCGAGUGAGGAUGAAAACUCAUCCAUGUCUAAGUUGCAAGACGUCGUCUUAGAUAAUAAUUAGCUAAUCAUAACGAUACAGAUGUAUACUUAGAUAAAUUACAGCAUAUUUUCACUUCGACAGAAUGUUGGUGGUUUUAUUUUCCAUGGUUAUCGUGGGAUUUGCUCACAGUGAAAACGAAAUUAACUAUAAGACAGGGAGUCAUGUUGUUCCUAAAGUACUACUUAGUCCACCAACAAAUCUCUCUACAUUUUUAAUUAGUUCAAAAGAUAUUUAUUUAGUGUGGGUGCCACCAAGUGUUUAUACCAAUAUACAUGAUGUCAACCUAAACGAUACACCGUGGCUAGAUGACAACACAACACAGGUAUGGAUGAAUAUGGAUCAACGCCCAUCUACUGUCACUGUGGAAUCAACAUCGCCAUCUAGUGGUGAAAGUUCUUCAAGUGCGAACGACACAAAUGUAAAUAUUUCUACGGUUGAUUCAACGACACAAGUUCCAGACAGAAUUAACACUAGUUCUGUGCCAGUGACUCACGAAAAGAGUGAGAACUCAAGUGAGUCUGCUAAUAUAUCCAAAAGUCACUGCAAGUCAUUUGCUUUUCUUAAAAAUGGAACUUAUUCUGGAGAUUAUUUGAAUGCUCCCAUUAGCAAAGAUCUUCAUCAUAUAAACAGUCAACAAAUUCGUCCAGAAAAUCCAGAUGCAGAAAUAUCAACUAUAGGGAAUAUUGGUAUAAAUGAAGUAAUGGUGGAUUUUGAUAAAGGAUGUGUUGAAGAAUAUAUCAUUUCUGUUUACAAUGACACUGGAGAUGUUUUAAUGGUGAUGAAAUUAGAUGGUGAUCAACCUACCGAGAUUAAUAUAACAGAAUUACAACCUAAUACUACAUAUAGAAUCAUUAUAGGAGCUCGAUUUACAUCCUCACAUAUCUUAAACUCCACUAGUUUAUCUGUUAAAACUAAAGCUGAUCCACAAACUAGAGUAUGUGUAUGUGAUAGAGCUGGUACUAUUGGUGGUAAACAAUUCUGUGAUAUUACAACCAGUACUAACACAUGGUGUAAUUGUAAACCUGGUUAUAGUGGUAUAUUCUGUGAAAUAUGUAAACCAGGUUUUUAUAAAUCAGCUAUGUUUUUUCCUUGUCACAGUUGUCCUUGUGCUCAUCAUUCAUCUUCAGUAACCAGUUGUCACUUUGUGGAGGGAUUUCUAGUAUGUGAUAAAUGUAGAACAGGCUAUACUGGUAAUCUAUGUCAUCAGUGUGCUAACGGUUUCUAUAGAUACAAGAAUAAAUACUGCGUAGCUUGCCGUUGUAAUGGCAAUACAGAUUCAACUGCCCAUAUGAUGUGCGAUCCUUAUUCUGGAGCAUGUGUAUCAUGUAUGAAAAAUACGACAGGUUUUAAUUGUGAAAGAUGUCGUAAGGGUUACGUAGGUGAUGCUCUCAUUUAUAAAAACUGUACGCAUAAAAGUGAUGUAAUUAAAGAAGAUAUAUUACCACUACCAGCUGGUUAUAUAGCGGCUAUAUGUGUUGGUAUUAUACUAUUACUCUGUUUAAUUGUUGGUUCCUUGGUUUAUAAACGCUGGAAUAUGUACCCAGCCAUGAAACCUUUCUGGACAGUAGAAUUAAAAGAGGAUCAUGAAGGCGUUAAUUUUAGUGCCGUCGAAGAUCAGGAGUUCCUGAAACACACACAAACCAAUGAAGACGGAGAAUUCUACGAAAAACGAGGUGGAAGGGGAAUGAAGUAUGCUCAGUUAAGAGAAGAUGUUUAAGGAAGAUUGCAAAAAAAUAUUCCUAACUGGAUUAUGGUAAUAAACAAUUACCCAAGGUGUUUCUGUGGCAGGUAUUAAAACAGAAACAAAAAUGGACAAUACUCACAUAUUUAUAGAAUAAUAUGGAAGACUUAUUGUUUUUGUUAAUGAAAAACAGCCACUGCUUGUUAUUUGAAAUUGAUUGUUGUAUUUUUUUUUAUUGAAAAAAGUGAUUUUAUCAAUAAUCAAAAUGAAGAAAAGUCGCUUUAGAUUUUGACUUGCUUUUUUGUAUUCAAAAUCAAGGUACUUUAAAACUUAAUAAUUUACUAAAUUUAGACCACUUUAACAUAAAGAUUCUCUUAAUAACAUUUUAAAUGCAUUAAUUGUAUCCAAAGCUGGUAUCUUCAGUCUCAUUCAAUCUAAGAAUUAAGAAUGAGAUACAAAUGUGAUAUAGAUUUAAGUAUGUUUAUAUAUUCAAAAAUUUCCUGCACACAUCAGAAUAUUUAAAAUUACUGCAUUAUACCAAAUUGUUUGAUUAAUAUACUGAAAAUAUUAUAAUAAUAUAUGCAUGAUUUAUAUAUUGUGAUUUUAUUGUGAUCUCGCUUUAUGUGGUAUAAAUUGCACAUCUGCUUAAUUUUCAUAAUGAGUUAUCUUUGUUUUAGAUUUAGAUGUCAUAGACACUUGAUUUUAUUUUGGUUUUAAUUAAUACAAGGUCUAGUCACUACAUGUAUAUAAUUAGGUAUGAUUUCCUCACUUGACAAUUGAUUAAAGUCCCAUUCACAAAAUAAAACAAGGUACAGUAUGUUAUUUCUUGAUACAUAUGACAAAUCAAACACCAAAAUGUAAAGAAAUAAGCCAUUAAAAUGACUAAUCCUCUUUGAUUGGACAUGCUAGAUAAAAUUGAAAAAUUAAUUUGAAUAUCAUCAUUUAUGGCCCCAUACAUGUAUUUGUUUGUUUAUGUAUGUAAUAUUUCAAAGAUCUGUAUUCAGUAAGAAAAUAGAUGUAAUGACCUUUCUUGUUUUGGCAAGUGUUGCGCUCUACUGAAGUGUUCAAUGUCAAAUUGUAUUAUAAAUUUUAGAAACUGGUCAAAAUAUAAUGAAAGAUUAAAAAAGGAUCGGCAACCUGAAAACGCCAUUAUAAAAGCUAAAUUUAACUCGUAUCAGAUAAUUGUAUCAGAUAAUUGUAUCAUGUGUCUCACAUUUCAGCAUUUUAGGCCAGCUCUCAAACAAUCUUCUUUUAAAGAACUCUUUUAGUGUUUCGGGGGUUUGGAUGGGAAAUGGUUUAAUGUGUGUGGUUUCGAUUACCCACUACGGCAUGUGAAUUAUAGAAGUAUGAUGGAACCAUAUGAUAGUCCCGAAAUGACCUAGUUGGUGUCGAGUGGAUGUUAAAUCUCAUUUGACUCUCUCCCUCUUAUAAUGUUUUACUGGUAGUGGUUAUAGCAGGAUAAAUAUACAAAGGUCCUGAAGUGAAUUUAUUUAUAGCAUGUCAUAUUACAUGAAAUAAAGAUUAAUUUUGUUUUCACAAAAUAUCUGAAAAAUUGUGAAUUGUUUACUAGAUUGCUUUGUCUAAUAUUUUUACGCUUUAUAGUACUGUUUGAAAUUAAUUAUUAUUUAUCCAACGAAUUAUUGCUAUUUGUUAAUGCUUUAAACUCCAAACAGGGUUCCCGCGGCUUUGUCAAAAAAAUUUUCAAGGAUAAAUAUACGUCAAAUUCAAGGAUUUUCAAGGACAUUUUUUAGCCUAAAGUUACAAUUUUUCAUCUUAAAAAUAACCAAAACAUUACCAACUAUCGUUAUAAUCUCAUAUUUAAAAGGAAUUGAAGACAUUUGAAACAAAAUUAAGGAUCUCAACUGAAAUUCAAGGAUAUUUUCCUAUUUCCGCGAAAUUCAAGACCUUGAAAAUGAAAUUUUAAAUUUAAGGAUAUUCAAGGAUUUUCAAGGACCGCGGGAACCCUGUCCAAAUGAGGGGUAAAAAUCAGUUAUUAUUAGUUAAUUGGAGGACUUGUUCUUUAAUCAGAUUUUGAUUGCAUCAAAUCCAAUCUUGGAUGUCUUUCCAGUUUAAAAAUCCACUUUUAUUUGUAAUGACAGAUUUCCGAUUUAAAAUCUGCAUGGUGGUAUUGAUUUUUAUCUUUAAAUUUAGAUCUAUUUAUAACAAUUUUGUUUUAAAUUUGAUUUAGAUCAUAGGUUUUGUUUAUUAAUUGAUUAAUUGAAAUUUGAUUUAAACAUAAUAUAAUAAAUUCAUUGUAAUUUUUUUAAAACCAUAAGUUUAUUAAUCUAAGCUUAUUGAUUGAAAGCGUGUUAUUAAUAUGAAUGAAUUUCGAUUUACAUCAUAAUGUUAAUACAUUAAUUUGAUUGAAAUAUUUGUAGGAGUGGGGUGGGGUGGGCAUCAUCGAACUAUAAUUUUGCUGGAGGGAAAUCUCAUAUCUUGUCCAUUGAAUAUCUUAAAUUUAAAUAUUCAUUAUACAACUCUCCUGGUUAAAAUCUAAAGACAUGUGAGUCUUUUGUUAUUAAAUGUGCAAAUUUUAUUUUUGUUGCUUUUCUUUUACAGAGAUUUUUAAAAUUUUAUUUGAAUUUCUAUAUUAUGAAAAUAUACUACGCAAAAUAUUAAUAGCUAUACACGCUGAUAUUUACAAUUUUAAUUUUGUUGGUGAUAUUUGAACUUUAUUUUUCUUUUCUAUGUUUUCAGUAUUAAUUUAUCUUAUAGUUGUCUUCACAUAAUCAAGUUACAUGUAGUUAGUAGAUAAGUGUAUAUUGUUUCAUACAUAUUUGUAUUUCAUUUUAUACAUAAAUGUAUAUCAUACAGAAAUGUAUACUAUCAGUUCAUACAGAAAUGUAUAUCAUCUUGUAUUUCCAAGUGUUUUUAAUGUCUUUUGGAAUUUAUUAUCUGUGUCACUGAAAGCACAUUAAAGGCACAAUUCUGCCUCCAUCUAAAUAAUUCCUGGCAUAAAUAUCCCCUGAGCUUUGAUUAUUAAUUGUUCUUGAAAAAUGUACUCUGGACUUAGGGCAGUAAAACUUUUUCCUUUCUCAAUUCAAGUUUUAUUCAAAUUUCAGUUGUUAGCACACAAGGUAAAAGUGUCAGUAUUUUCCAAUGGACAGAUGACACCAACAAAGUUAAAAAAAUAUAUUAUUAUUUGAAUUAUUGUAUUUUAGGUAUAUAUUGAGUUACAAACUUGACAAAUAAAAGUAAGAAAAGUUUUAUAGCCCUAACCCCAGUUCUUGACAGUCUUCCAGAAUAUACAGACAUUAUUUUAUAUCUGUGUUCUGCACACUUUAUAGAUUUACACUCCAAGAGAAUUAAAGAUGCAUUCUGUAAGAUUUAGAUAAAAAGCUGGCCAUUCCUGCUAUACUAGUUCAAUAAUAGAUAAUGAGAAAUGAAUAUAUUAAAAACUUCAUUCAAAUUACUUUAUUCUGGGUGAAGUUAUGAGUUAUGGCCAUUUGAAGAUGUAGUUAGAUCGUUUGUUAUCGUAGUAACGUUACUUGACAAUUGAGAAUUAGUCUCGAUUAUCUAUUGUACGACAUAUCUUCAUCGUUAAAUUUUAAAAUCUUGCAGGCAUAUUAUUCUCUUACAUAAUGAAUGCAGCUUUAAUAAUAGCCAGAAUUAAAAUAUUGUAAACAUUUCUUAGAGAAAAGAAAAAACUCUUUUAUACAACUUCCCAAAGAGUGCUUCUUGCCUGUUUUUUUUAUACGCCCACAUUUUCAUGUGGACGUAUAUUGUCGUCACCCCUGUUCGUCCGGACGUCCGUCCGUCCGUCCACAAUUUGUUUGUGGACUCUCUAGAGGUCACAAUUCAUGUCUGAUUUUGAUGAAACUUGAAAUAUAGGUUUAUCCCCAAAAGAUCUCGGCUGCUUUCGAUAUUGGCAUGUAUCGGAUCGAAACUUCAUGGAUUAUGGCCCCUGUUUGUACGAAAAAUCACGUUUUUAGCUUGUGGACCCUAUAGAGGUCACAAUUUUUAUCCGAUUUUGUUGAAACUUGAAAUGUAAGUUUAUAACCCAAAGAUCUUGGUUACUUUCUAUAUUCGCGCAUAUCGGACCAUAACUUCCUGAAUUAUGGCCCCUGAUUGUACAAAAAAUCGCGUUUUUAGCUUGUGGACCCUAUAGAAGUCAUAAUUUUUAUCCGAUUUAAAAAAACGUAUUAUUAUAUCACCGUUACACCCUAAGGACGGCUGAAUUCGACAGACAAAAUAGCCGCCGUUCGUUCUCAAAUAGCGUAAAAAUAUGGUAUAUCAAGGUUGUGGACCCUAUAGAGGUCACAAUUUUUAUCCGAUUUUUUUGAAUUAUGGCCCCUGAUUGUACAAAAAAUCGCGUUUUUAGCUUGUGGACCCUAUAGAAGUCAUAAUUUUUAUCCGAUUUAAAAAAACGUAUUAUUAUAUCACCGUUACACCCUAAGGACGGCUGAAUUCGACAGACAAAAUAGCCGCCGUUCGUUCUCAAAUAGCGUAAAAAUAUGGUAUAACCCAAAGAUCUUGGUUCCUUUCGAUAUUCGCGCAUAUCGGACCAUAACUUCCUGAAUUAUGGCCCCUGAUUGUAGGAAAAAUCGCGUUUUUAGCUUGUGGACCCUAUAGAGGUCAUAAUUUUUAUCCGAUUUAAAAAAACAUUCUGUUAUAUCAUAGCGUAAAAAUAUGGUAUAUCAAGGUUGCGGACCCUAUAGGGGUCACAAUUUUUAUCCGAUUUUGUUGAAACUUGAAAUGUAAGUUUAUAACCCAAAGAUCUCGGUUCCUCCGGAUAUUCGCGCAUAUCGGACCGUAACUUCCUGAAUUAUGGCCCCUAAUUGUAUGAAAAAUUGCGUUUUUAGCUUGUGGACCCUAUAGAGGUCAUAAUUUUUAUCCGAUUUGAAAAAACGUAUUAUUAUAUCACUGUUACACCCUAAGAAUUGCUGAGUUCGAAUUUCGUGAAAAUCAGCCCAAAAUUGACAGACAAAAUGGCCGUCGUUCGUUCUCAAAUAGCGUAAAAAUAUGGUAUAUCAAGGUUGUGGAACCUAUAGAGGUCGCAAUUUUUAUCCGAUUUUGAUGAAACUUGAAAUGUAAGUUUAUAACACAAAGAUCUCAGUUCCUUUUGAUAUUCUCGCAUAUCGAAUUGUAAUUUCCUGAAUUAUGGCCCUUGAUUGUAGGAAAAAUCACUUUCUUGUUAGCUUGUUCUCUAUCCAUCUCUCGAAAAUGUGGGCGUAUCCUGCCUGGCAGCCGCUGGUUAAAAAUAAAUAUAGAUAUCAUUUAUUUCGUAUAUUCUUCCAUACAAUAAUAAUACCCUGUGAGAAAUUUGAUAGUGUAUUCUUAGAAGAUCAUUUUAGUGCAUAAUCUUUUUAUUAUUAGAAUCGAAAUGUGAACCACUUUUGCUUAGCAGUACAUGGACAUAGGGAGUCACUAGAUUUUAGUAAUUGUUCACAGUGUGCUUGUCAUUAAUGCACAGAAGAAUUAUUUAUACUGUAUGUAGCCUUAUUCAAUAUGGUCAGCAUCACCACCCUCCUUAAAUCUUGUAUAACCAGAUCAGCUUAGAGUUAUUUAAUGAGGCAUUAGCUAUUGAUAUCUCGGCAGGUUGAUGAGAAAGUAAUUUUCAAUUUUCAUGGUUUGAUUAUAAAGUUACAUAAGGGAUGUUCUUAUGAGAUUGUAUACAUAAUUUUAGAGAGAUCUGUGAAACCAUUGCUGAGGUAUAGUUUUUAUUAAUCAUUAAGAGUUUUACACAUUUAUAGCCUACAGUGUUUUAUUGGGUUUAGUGGAUGGUAGCUGAUUGCUUGGAUUUGCCAUAAUUAUUGAAGUCUUUUUUUCUUGAAAGUCAAAAUAUGCAAGCUGCUUUUUAUUUUUGUAAACCUAUUCCAGUGCUUUUUGUUUUGAAACAAGAUAAUGUCAAUGGAUUGUUGUGGCUACUUCUGGUGGGAGUUUGAUGCAAAUUUUUUAAAAAAAUUUUUUUAGUAAUAAUUGCACAUUGUAACCCUUGAAAUAACUGCAUGAACAAAUUUUUUGAACAGGCCUAUUGAUGUAUGUGUACAAGAUAUAGUGACAAUUUUCUUAAUUUUUUUCUUAUGUAUAUUUAUUCUAAUCUAAUCUGUAAAAGAACUAGGUAAUUACAUGUAAGUCACAUAUACACAUAGAUUUGAUAUCGAUCUAUACUUAUGACUCUAAAUUAAACAGUGCCUUGAAGUUUGACACAAUAUAUUUGUCCGGUAAAUGGAGUUGAGCUUGGUAUUAAUUUAAAACUUCAAGUUUUAAUGAACUUGCCCGGUUAAAUAAAUCUGGUUUUAAUUUAAUUAUUACAUUCAUUUGGAUGGUCACUGAAAGACACUGAUCCGCAAGUGACUCUAGCAUAUAGCAUAAUAGUAACUUGUGAUGAAGAAACAGUCAGUCAAAUGCCUGGAUAAUCAAGCCUUUUAAAAUAUGGUUAGUGAACUCGUAUUUAUCUUAAUCCAUGACCAUAAUGCAUCCUGGUUCACAUUAAUGAAUUUUCUUUUUGUGUUUGAACUGUGAUGAAAGAUAAAAAUUAUAGUUAGUCAUCAUGGAUAUGCUAAUUAAUAGGUGUGAUCAGUUUGCUAGUAAAUGGCAUAGAGAAAACUGUUUAAUAUCUUGAUCUGUUUGGAUUUAUAUAUAGCUGUGAUGUCACAUUGUCUAUAAUAUUUGUAUUGUCUGCAUUCCAUAUAAUCAUGAUCUAUUUUCAUUCCACCCCAUUAUAAAAGUGCUUAAAUGGUUGCUGGAUUAUUAAUAAGAGUGUUCUAAGAGCUUUUUGUAUUGUGUUAUCAUUCUGAAAUUAUACUGAUAAAAAUAAACACUGCACUUUCAUAUCACAA